UGAAAUAAAGGUCCUCCUGUUCUAAUUUAUUCGUUUGCAGCCAGAAGAGAGGUGGAGAGGUGAAGGAAAGAAAUGCGAAAAGUGUGGCCAAGGAGGUUCGCUUUUUGCCACAGCUGGUGCCCCUUGCUGAGCCAGUUCAGAGCGGUCAAGGCUAGUGCUGAAAAGGCACCUUUUGGCUCAUUUCAUAUACAAUUUUGUACAUUUGGGUUACAAAUGUUGGAAAACUUAUUCGUUUAUCAUUUACCAUAACACUGAUUUAUGAUUUACUUAAUCAUCUCAUAUGCAUGCAAUUCUGUGCAUUUCUUGAAUAUUUGAGAUCGCUGUUUAUCAAAUUACACUUACAGGUAAAAUAUAAGAAAAAAAUUACAAACUUAAUCACCCAACACAGCAGAGUUAUCAGUAUGGCAAUGGUGGCAAAUAAACUCUACAACGUACAACUUUUAGUUAUUUUCAUCGGGCUGUUCGUAAAUUUAGUCUCUUGGCUUUAUCUACUUGUUGAUGAAGUUCAAAAUACCAGCAGAUCACCUGUUGCCCCUGGCUUGCUCCGACUGGCAGACAGCAUGUGGCAAAUUUGUGUCAUCUACUUCAUCUCAUCCUCAUGCCAGCUCACUAAGCAUGAGGCAGAAAAAUUUAACCAGGCUCUGUUUCGUUUGAUGACGGAGAGCAGUGAAUUGUGUAAAAAUGGAAAGUUACAGCUUCAUUUGACAAUGAAUCAGACAAUAAAUUUCACUGCUUGUGGAUUUUUUACGUUAGGAUAUCCUCUUGUAACAUCUAUAAUUGCUGCAGCUACAACAUACUUGGUGAUUCUAGUCCAGUUCAGCAUGCCGUCCAAUUAAAUUGAAUAAUAUGUUAUAAAUUAUGAGUAAAAGUAUGAAUG